AUGGCUGACGUGAAUAAUUCAGUAAUUGUUCAGCCAUUCAAGCAGAGAACGAGAGAGCACCCGGGCCACGUCCGGUUUAAAAAACACUUGGAUCGCCUUGGCCUCGCAGCGGGGGACGAUGAGGGGGACCGAGACCCAGCCAGCCAGCUUCGUCUGCGGAGCACGCGCAGACACCCCGAGACCGCCCCACCGCGGAGGAGCCUGGACGCCCUCGGGCCUGUGCCCGCCGCUUCCCGCCCGCGCCGACCCGGGGCCGCGGCACCGCUCCGCUCUCGCCGGAGGCGGCACCCGGGCCGCCGCCGCCGCCGCCGCUGCGUCGGGCUCCCAUUCCGAGAGAGGGAAGGAAGAAAAACCAAUAACAAAACCUGGCUUCUCGUUCCCUCCGGAAACCGCGGGCCGGCAGGAAGUGACGAAGGAGAGGUCGUCCGGUCCGCCGGGGCUCGGCCCGCGCUCCCCGCCCGACUCCCGGAACAGCCGGAGCGGAGCGGCACGGCGGCCUCCGCACCUCCGGAGCCGCUGAGCGCUCGCCCGCUCGCCCGCGCGCGCGGCCGCGUCACCGCCCCGCCCCGGCCGGCCCCGCCCCGCCCCGGCCGCGGUCUGCGGGACAGACCCGGGGAUUGGGGCUCGGCGGUCCGCUCGACCGGACGGCUGCGGCGUGCUGACGGUCCCGCCGCCCGCAAAGUCGCCGGCCGACCAAGGCGGGAACGUGGACGGCCUGUCGGGGGAGGAUCCGUCCUGGAUGCCACCAGGAGCAGAUUGCACAGGCUCGGGGACGCGGCUGGAGGAGGCCAGGUUUGGGCGUCGGAUCUGUACAGGUGUUUGUGUACAUCAGACACCAAUACGUGAAGUUUCUCUUGUCUUCAUCUCAAGAGU